GGCGUUCGCUGUCAGUCGGACCUGCCGAAGCGCCGCGCCGCAGCAUCGUUCACGACUAUGAAAAAUCUACAUUUCAAGGAUUUCUUCUGGAACUCUGACCUGACCUGCACCGGUGGCUAUGACGCCAUCAUCCAGUAUCUCAGCGAUGGCAAGAGGGCAUGCAAGGAGGUGGAGGAUUUCAUGAAAGCCAGGGCCUCUGUUGAAGAGAAAUACGCCAAAGAUCUCCUUGGUUUGUCCAAGAAGGUGUGCGGACACAAUGAGAUGAACACAUUAAAAAGAUCCCUGGACGUGUUCAAGUUACAGACUGAACAUGUGAGUCUGUCACACUUGCAACUGGCACAGAGCAUGAGGGAAGAGGCCAAGAAACUGGAAGAAUUCAGAGAGAAACAAAAAGAAGUGAGGAAAAAGAUAGAACAACAGAUGGAUGCUCUCCACAAACAGAAGUCUUCACAGUUCAAGAAGACAAUGGAUUCAAAGAAGACAUAUGAGCAGAAGAGCCGAGAUAAAGAAGAAGCAGAUCAGAACGUGAACCGAAACACCAACACCAACAACACCAAGCACAUGGAGAGGCUUUACUCAAAAGCACAGCAAGCAAAACAGAAUGCAGAAGAGGCAGACAGGUUAUACCAGCAGAAUGUGACCACACUGGGAAGGGUUAGAGACGAAUGGCUGAAGGAGCAUGUCAAGGCCUGUGAUAUGUUUGAAAAACAGUCAAUGGAGCGUAUCAACUUUCUGAGAAACGCAGUCUGGACUCACCUAAACCAGCUUUCCCAGCAGUGUGUGACCAGUGAUGAGCUGUAUGAGGAAGUGAGAAAGUCACUGGAACAGUGUGAUGUCCAGGAAGAUAUCGAACACUUUGUAAACCUCAGGUGGACCGGCGAUAAACCACCAGCCCCGGUUGUGUAUGAGAACUUCUACAGUGGUCAGAGGUCUCCAAGUGGAGCGCCAUCCUUUCGACUGCCUCCACCAAUCACCAGGAGGGGGCCAUUACCUGAUGCAACAAACAACACUGGGGAUGAUACAAUCUACUCGACUGUGCAGGACGCAGGCUACAGUGUUAUCCAGUACUAACACACCGAUCGGCUGGAGCAGUUACUGUAUGUGCUGUGAGGGGCUGCUACUCCCUGCUUUGUGUUUUCCUAUAAAGAUACGGUCUUACCAGAUGGAAAAUGAGUGUCAUAACUGUGUACAUACAUAGUUUAGGUGACGUUGGGUGGCAUUUUGAACAUAUAUCAUUGUGUUAUAAACAGUACUGGAACAUCAUUAUUUUAUUUUAAGGUUCUUGUGUGUAUUCCUAAAAUCAAAAACAGGCUAAAAUGUUUUUGCUCUGUAGUUUGAUGAAAUUGAUAUUCUGUGCAAUGAUACAGAAGCUGAAUAGGUAAUAAAUAAACACAUCACACAGUGAUCUCUACCUAUGUUCUGUAUAAUUAAUAAGUUUUGCAUUUGUUUUCGUGAUUCUCAAAUGUUAAAAUGGGAUUCACCGAAUAAGAUAAUGUGUAAUUUGCUAACUUGUUUUCAUUUCCUUCCAUAUUUGAGAGUAACGUGUCAGCUCACAGUGAUCCAGUGAGUGGAACCUAAAGGCUCACACACUCUUAUUUACCGUAUCUACAGCGUAUGGUAAAUGGAUUACUACAGUACAUUAGAGUCAUUUUCAUUGUAGGAAAGUUAUAAAUUCUGUGUUCUACGUUGACAUUCAAGUAAUUAUAAUGCAGGUGUGUGGUGAAGAUGCACAAUAUUUUCUGGAUACUGGAGGAGGAUUGUUGGAAUUUUUGCACUUUGUUCAUUUUGCUUAAUUUAUGUUGAUAGCGUGUUCUUUGUAGAAAAUAUUACAAGCUGUGACUAAGUUUUGAAACUGUAGGAGUAAAGGGAGAUUAAAUGGCAUUUCACUGUGCAGCUGACCUGGUGCUUUGUGGUUAUGUAUGAACAUGUGGCAGUGGUUUCUCUGUUUGCAGUUUAUCUUCUUAUUUCCACAAUCUUUUCAUGCAGGUCAAGUGGUGAUAGAGCAUUUUCAUGACCGACUUGACUUCACCUGGUGUGUAAUACCGGAUUAAGUUACACACAUAUUCUAGCUGCAGCCACGACCUGCAGACU